AAAUAUUUUGUGAAAGGGUGACACUUGCAAUUCUCAGUUUAACAAAAUAAUAUUUUUAAAAAAAUGCCUGCUGAUUUAAUUGGAUAUUUAUAUGCAGCUACGGUUGCUGCAGGUGGAAUAAUAGGUUACACUAAAGCUGGUUCUAUACCAUCUUUAGGAGCCGGUCUUAUUUUCGGUAGUAUUUUAGGCUAUGGUGCUCAUUUGAAUUCACAAGAACCACCCAGACCUCUUUUACAAUUGGGUACAUCUUUAGUUUUGGCUGGUAUAAUGGGAUCAAGAUUUGCAAACAGUGGAAAAUUUAUGCCAGCUGGUUUAAUAUGCAUAAUAUCAUGCGGUGCUCUAGUACGCAAUCUUAUCACAUAUAAUCAGUAUCUUCCAUUAAUUGGUAGCAAAGCUGAUUAAAUUAAAACAGUAAAAUUGCUUACAUAUAUUUUGCUGUAAAAUAAUAUAAUGAUAAAAUGUUGAAAUUAGUAUAUACAUACAUGCAUAUUGGUAUAUAGAUGUUAUAAGUGAAUAUUUUUUUAUUGAUUUUUGGUUAAGGAAAAAAAUAAAAGUAUGUUUAUGUAGUAA